AUGGUCACAGACUUUUUCUAUCCGCAGCCUGGUGGUGUUGAAUUUCAUGUAUAUCACCUUUCGCAAAAACUCAUUGAUUUAGGUCAUUCUGUUGUGAUCAUCACACACGCAUAUGGGGAUCGUACUGGGGUACGAUAUUUGACCAAUGGAUUGAAAGUAUACUAUGUUCCCUUUUUUGUAUUCUACCGCUCAUCUGCAUUUCCCACUGUGUUUUCGGCAUUUCCUAUAUUGCGAAAUAUAUUCGUACGUGAGAAAAUAGAUAUUGUGCACGGCCAUGGGCUGUUGAGUACUUUGGGUCAUGAAGCCAUUUUUCAUGGACGAACAAUGGGCUUACGAACAGUUCUUACCGAUCAUUCCCUUUUUGGGUUUGCUGAUUUUGGUUCUAUUUGGGGGAACAAAGUGUUGAAGUUUGCCGUUAGUGAUGUUGGUCAUGUUAUUUGUGUGAGCCACACGUGUAAAGAAAAUACAGUUUUACGAGGGAGCAUUGAACCUUCCAAAGUUUCUGUGAUCCCCAAUGCUGUUAUAUCAAGUGAUUUCAAACCUGCGCAAAGCAAAAAGAUGGACAUGGAAGAACCUGAAGUAGAUAAGAUCACGAAUGAAACCACCACCACCAACAACAACAACAACAACAGACGACUUGUUACAAUAGUUGUUAUUACGAGAUUGUUUCCAAAUAAAGGUGCUGACUUGCUAAAUGCUCUCAUUCCAAAAAUUUGUCUCGCAGAUGAAAAUGUGAGAUUCAUUAUAGCCGGAGACGGUCCAAAAUUUCUAGAUUUGGAGCAAAUGAGAGAAAAGUAUUUUUUACAGGAAAGAGUCGAGUUGAUCGGAGCCGUGAGACACGAAGAAGUGCGCGACGUUAUGGUUCGAGGUGAUAUAUACUUGCAUCCUUCCCUAACGGAAGCAUUUGGAACAGUGAUUGUAGAAGCAGCAUCAUGUGGUUUAUUUGUAGUCACGACUAGAGUAGGUGGAAUUCCCGAAGUUCUUCCUUCUGACAUGACUAGUUUUGCAGAUCCCGAAGAAAGCUCAUUGGUGGAAACUACACUUGACUCGAUUAGGAGGAUCCGGUCUGGUGAAAUCGACACGUCACGAUUUCACGAUAUUGUUACUAAGAUGUACAGCUGGAGUGACAUUGCAAUUCGGACAGAAAAUGUUUACAAUUCCUUGGACAUGAAUGAGUUAAAUGAACCACUUGUGGACAGAUUACACAAGUAUUAUACCUGUGGAUUUAUUGCAGGUAAAUUAUAUGUCUUGAUUGUUAUUGUGGAUAUAUUUAUUUAUACAAUAUUGAACUGGCUAUAUCCUCCUAGUCAUAUUGACAUGGCUAAUAAAUGGCCAAAAAACAAAAACAAAAAACAAGAUUACCAACCUAAUUGA